AUGGUAUCGCUAGCUGAUUUUGAGGAAGACGAACAAACUGAUGACGACCACCAAUCAGGAGACGAUGAGGAUGUGGACUGGGAGGAUGCAGAAGGUCUACCUUAUGCAACACUGCAGGCAGAGAUCGCAGGCAUUGGGGCUACUUUACAAGAGAAUGAAGACCAAGCAGAUGGACACGAGGACACCGCAGAAGCAGAGCAUGCCGCUGGGUUACAGGAGCAGCACGGUCCGAAGGCAGUCAUUGCAAAGGCGCUCGCAGCCAACCGGCGGCUGCAGUCGCGCUUGACCAACAUCCUAGCAGCAGUGGACAGGACGAUAUGGAGGAAUGCAGAGACCCAGGCCAAGCUGAUGCACAACGCAGAGGCCUGGCCGAGAGCCGGCCGGUACAGGGGAAUGCGAGAGACCUCGAACACGGUGUGGGGCAACGCUGAGACGCGCGUGAUUGGCCCCAGCCGCUUCUGGGUGGCGGACCGGAAAGUGCCGGAGCCGAACGCGGACGCCAUGAGGACCGCUCCGGCAUUCGAGUACCUGCCACACACCUUCAGGGACGCCAGCUGGACGCCAGACGAGCACGAGCGCCUGCAGCGCGCCAUCCUGCAGGCCGUCAAUAGAGCGCGUUCGGCAAGAGAGCUGGCGGAUGCGGGGCUGCACGGUCACAGUGAAGGCGACAGAGGCCCUGAGGAGCAGCUGCUCAAGCUGGACAGCCCAGGUGUGGAUGCUGAGGUGGACGCGUUUGGGCCGGAGCAGUGGGAGGAGGUUGCCCGGCUGGGCAGCAGCGGGCGCAGCGGGCACGAGUGCGCCACGCAGUGGGGGCACCGGCUGCGGCCCUCCCUCAACCUAAGCCCCUGGUCGCAGCAGGAGGACGCCAAACUGGUGAAGCUGCAGGCACGGCACGGCAUGCACAGAUGGGAAGUGGUGGCGCAAAAGCUUGGGACGGGUCGCACGGCUGCCGCGUGCCUGUCCCGCUUCCAGCGCUGCCACAAUCCUGUCCUGCUGGAAUCUAAGUGGACCCCAGAGGACGCUGCAAGGCUGGCCGCUCUCGUGGCAAGACUGGGUACUGCCAACUGGGUGGCAGUGGCGGCUGAGAUGGGCAACCGGACGCCGCAGCAGGUGCAGCACUACUACCGCGACAACGUGCAGGCCCUCAAGAAAGGCCCCUGGGCGGCAGACGAGGACGCAGCCCUCCUCAAGGCGGUGGAGACGUGCGGGCGGCGGUGGCGGGAGGUGUCCAAGCUGGUGCCGCGUCGCAGCGACAAGCAGUGCCGCGAGCGCUUCUGCAACGUGCUGGACCCGGGGCUCAAGCGCGAGGACGAGUGGGCGCCCGAGGAGGACGCCGCACUGCGCGCAGCCAUCGCGCAGCACACCCAGCCCGACGGCAAAGUCAGGUGGGCGAAGGUGGGCGCCCAGCUGCCAGGCCGCACGGACAACUCAUGCUGGCGGCGCAGCAAGACGCUUGCCGCCAAGGAGCGCGGCACUCACAAGCAGCCCACCGCGCCACGCGGCUCCGGAGGCCGAUUCCUGCGCCCGGCCGCCCCGGCGGACGGUGCCGCCCCGGCCGGCCAUACGCCGCGAGAGACGGGCUCCGGCGCGGACGCUUCCGAAGCAGCGCAUGUCGCUGCUGGGGAGACGGCUGCAGAGCCUGGCAGCGGGAAUGGCGAGAGGAGUGGCGGCCAAUGUGAGAGGAACGAGGAGGAAGAAGAGCAUGCAGGAGGGGCAGUAGAUAGAGGUGCAGCGGCUGAGCUGGCUGGGGGAGUAGAGGGCCGAGGAAAGGGGCGCAGUGGUGGUGGCGGCAAGAAGGGUGCGAGAGAUACUACAAAGAAUGCAAAAGGGAAGGUUGCCCUGGGGCUCGGCGAGAGCGCAAUUGCUCAGCAGGAUGAUGAUGGUGAAGGGACAGGGUUUGCGGACCCAGAGGAUCAUCCGCUGAGGAAGAAACACAGGGCACAAGCCAGACGCUGA